AUGAGUUUCAACACUAACUCUGCUUUCAACUUUUCUGGAGCCUCCAAUGCGGCUGGAGGGAACAACAAUUCCAGUUUAUUCUCUAACAGUGGGUCUGGCCAAAAUGCAAACACAAAUAGCUCUAACACUACCGGCGGUUCAUCGCUAUUCGGUAAUAUUGGUGGCCAAAAUAAUGCCAGCAAACCCGCAUUUUCAGGUUUUGGAGCAAACUCUACUAAUUCCAAUGCACAAGGAUCGGCUUUUGGUUCAUUUGGUGCCUCCAACUCUAAUAAUACAGCACAAAAUAAGCCUGCAUUCGGCGGCUUUGGAGCUGCUACGACGCAACAAAAUAGUACAGAAUCUAAGCCAGCAGCUUCACCAUUUUCAUUUCAAACUUCAAAUGCUACGCCAAACAAUGCUAAUGCUCCUAAGCCAGCGUUCGGUGCAUUUAACUCAACUCUAAAUGCCAACCCUAGUUCCAAUACAACAACAACUACUUCUAAUGAUCAACCAGCGAAACCGGCUUUUGGCGGUUUUGGCUCAAGUAAUGCGUCAGGAAAUACUGGCUCUCUAUUUGGGGGAUCUAACUCUCAGCAGACCCAGAAUACUCAGACAAACUCAGCGUUUUCGUUUGGCACAAAGACUGACCAAAAGACGGACGCCAAGCCAGCAUUUAGCUUUGGUGGUUUAGGAGGAAACAACGCAACAGCUUCCAAACCUUCAGAUUCAACAGCUUCGAAACCUCUCUUUGGAGGCAACGCUGGCACGGCGUCAUCAUCAUCUUUAUUUUCUUCCACGACCAAACCUGCGGAUUCAUCCAAAACUGAAGGAACUAAUACCAACACGCUUUUCGGUAGUACCACCAACACAACUAAGCCUGCAGCCUCUAAUACCACCACCACCACCACUACUCCUGCAUUCAGUUUCGGUGCCAGUGGUGCAACUGAUGAUUCAAAAAAACCAAGCUUUUCGCUGUCUCUCGGUUCCGAUACUAAGGAUAAGACAACUGAUGCUAAACCAGCCUUUUCGUUUGGUUCAAAACCUCAAGCUGCAACUCCACCAUUAGGUAAUAAACCAGGCUUCAGCUUUGGCGCAAAGCCCGAAGAGGCAAAGAAGGAAGAUGAGAAGAAACCAGAGGCUAAACCGGCUUUCAGCUUUGGAGCUAAAGUUGACGAAACCAAGAAGGAGGCGGAAAAACAGCCAGAAACUAAAGCAGCAUUUUCCUUUGGUAGCAAGCCAACAGAUAACAAACAAGAUUCUAAACCAGCAUUUUCUUUUGGGGCAAAGGCUGAUGACUCAAAAAAAGAUGACACUAAACCAACUGCAAAGCCAGCAUUUUCCUUCGGCGCGGCAUCAACAGGCGACAAUAAACCCUCUGAGGAAUCAAAGCCAGCAGCUAAACCCGCAUUCGCAUUCAACAGUAAGCCUGAAGCAUCUGGUUCAGAUGCCAAACCUUUAUUCUCAAAGCCACAAGCAACUACAGGUACAACAGGCGCUACUGAAGCAAAGAAUGAUUCAAAACCUGCCUUUUCUUUCGGAGCCGCUAAGACAGAACAAAAGGACACAGGUUCAAACAAUGAAUCGAAGCCUGCCUUUAGUUUUGGAGGUAAGACUCAAACAACUACAACCAAUAACGAUACGAAGACAGCGGGUCCUACUCUCACAACCAAUGAGCAAAAGAGUGAUGAAAACAAACCUUCUGCAGAAACUUCGAAGCAAGAAUCAACUUCCACAAAAUCUUCGGUAAAACCAGUGGCUGUUGAACCUGUUUCUCUAGAUAAUAAAACUUUAGAUGAUCUUGUCUCUAAAUGGACUUCACAACUAUCAUCCACAGUAGACAAGUUUGAAGAUUACUCAAAAAAGAUCAAUGAGUGGGAUAAUGUACUAAUGCAAGGAGGAGAACAAAUUAGUCAACUCUAUUCGGAUACACUAAGCGCAGAACAAUCACAGAAUAGGGUGGACCAAUCGUUAUCUUAUAUUGAAAGACAGCAAACUGAACUCGAACAUUUCUUGAGCUCAUACGAACAAAAAGCAGAAGAACUUCUUUCAGAAGUUUUGUCUUCCAGUAACACCAACAGCAACAGUAAAACCAAUGAUCAAAAGAGACAACAAGCCUAUCAUACCGUGGAGAUGCUUGAUGACAACUUAAACUCCUUAUCACUAAAUCUAUCUUCGCUAAUUACUGAAAUAAAUGAAGUCAGUGAAACUUUCAAUAAGGCAACAAAUUCGAGCUUCCCAAAUAAGGAAGAAAAUGCUCAACUAAUCCAGCUAUUGAAUUCUCAUCUAGACGCCCUAAAGUCAUUAGAAAAUAACUCUCAAGUACUUGAAGAUAAGCUAAAAACGGUGGGAAAGCCUCUAAAAUAA